UCGAAAAUAAUUCCCGGUUCAAUUGGAAGCAAAUCGUUUAAAAAAUGUUUGCGGUCGUACAGUUUAUCGAGAAUAACAAGUUUCAAGUGCUAGCGGUACCGGUGUCGUGGGUAAAGAGUGGAAACUUGAUGUGGCCGAAAAUGUCCAACGAGAAAAUUGAAGCGUUACGGGCAACUGGAACUGAAUUUCACGGUGCCACCAAACGUAUUCCGGUCAUUAUUUCCAGAAAAGUUAGAAAUUUUCUAGCGGCGGAAAAAAUUGCAGAUGAGCUAACCAAAAAAGAAGUGUCGGAUGUUGAGGGAAAGAUGGAAAAACUCAAGCCACCGAAAAAAUCAAUUUUUCCAAAAAACAAGAAUUAUAAUACCAUGCUUGCAGCUAUUCAGAAAAUACCGAAUAAAGGUCAAGAGCUUCCUGGUCCAACAUCGAUGGAAUAUUUUGACAGAAAUUCUCAGGAUACUUCAGAAGUAAUGCAUAAUGAAAUGCCACUUCGUACGCAGCAGCAGAGUAAGGAAAUACAGCACACGCAGUCGGUGGUGAUUCAGCAACCGAUUCCAUCAACACCUGUUGCUAGUUCAAUGAUAUUGCAGAUGCCACCUCCGGAACCACAAAUUAUAAAUGGAGAACCAGCAAAUACACUGAUUAUUGAAACAUUGCCUACUCUUCAUCAAAACAAAGAAUCAAUAUAUUGCACAGGAGAAGAUUAUUACUUUGUAUCGGAUGCUAGGACAGAUCAACAAACUACGGAUACUCAAAUUAUCACUGCGAACAACGAAGCUAACAAUCAUGAAGAGUUAAAAAAAGAUUUGCAACAAUUUAUUCAAACUACGGUGGAAACUGUGGUGGAAAGGUGCUUUGAUGAUCAUUUCUCCAAAUUGACUGCUCUGAUGCAAAUGAACAUUAAAUCUUCUAACAAGACUACUCUGGAAGUAUAUGACGACCCUGUUGAAAACCACCUGCCCAUUGAUAAUGAAAUUCAAUUGCACGAGUGGAAUGUAAAGUUGGGAAACGAAGAUCUCUGCGAGAAAUAUCUAGUAUAUUUCACACGGAUAAUUCCACCAAAUUCAUACAACGGAAAUGGGGACAAUGCUUGCUACACGAUCGUCGAUUGCUUGUUCACAAGAGAGUUUUGGACUCGUUUUACCUGGACCGGUAUCAGCAGAGGUAAAAAAUCAAAACGAGGAUUCCGGGAAUUCGGUAAUAUUUUGCAGCUGUUGGUGAGAUUAGUAUGCAUUGGUGAUCCAACAUACCAUGCACAGAAAUUGGAGAGUUUCUGUAGAAACCGUUUAUUCAGGUACAGUAAAUCUCGAAGCAUAAACAAGAAGUUACGUAAGUCUGCUUGCCGUCCUACACGGAAAACGAUAAUAACAAAGAAGUUUCCUAAACAUGAAGCUAUUGGCAAGAUCAAAUGCGGAAAUCCUCUUGAGUUAAACGAAACCGACAGUGAUGAAGAACACAAUUUUCAUGAUGAUAAAAUGGAUAUAGAAGCUGCUAAUGCUGAUGUCGAACCUGUGGAGGAGUAUGAUAUGAGUUGAACUUAUUUUGUUUAGUGCUGUUCAUAAUUAGUUUUCGAACUACUAAGUUCCUUGAUUUGUUUGAAGAGAAAAAAACGUUUGAAUUUUAUUACUUAACCUAAGAUAACUUUUUUAUUUUCCUUCGACAAAUAUCCGAAACAUUAACCUAAGAUAACUUAAAUUAGAUAAUAUUCAAACAAUUGUAUGUAUAAGUGGUAUAAAUACGACACCUUCAGCUUUAGGGAUUGCAACUAACUUGCUAAAAAUGCAGUUGAUAUUAAUUAUUCGUUUCCCAGAAAAUGAGAGUUUUGCUAUGUACACAUCUAGGUGCGAUGAAUUAAAUGGUUCAUCGAAAUAGUUACUUCUUGAUGAUAUAAAUUGACCUUCAACAAAAUAACCUGUUUCAGUUUUAAUUACUUUUAAAAAUGCCAUUAUUUCGUGAUCAUUGGUUAAAAUCCACUUAUCUUUGAAUUUAGCGCAUAGUGUAAGUUGUGGUAAAACCAAUUUUUGUUCAUUUGUCAUUUUCUCAUCUACAAACUUUUGUCGUGUAGAAAUAAACAUUGGUGACAUAUGCUGUUGAAAGGUGCAGAUUGAUCGAUAAGUUUGCAAUCUUUCUGUUAUGCGGUUUGCUACCUGAGCUAAUGGAUUAGGACCUGUUUGGAUAGUUUUUUUUAAAGAAUGCAAGCAAUUUUCGAAAGGAUAUGCUGAAAGUGUUGACAAAGGACCAAAUCUUGCCACCUCGUCUACUACAUGGCAUAAAUUAUGUAUGUUACUUGUCAUGAACUCAACCCCGUAUAAUGAUUUAAAUUGAAUCAAAAAGUCGUUAAACAGCGAUCGAGCAAUUUCUAAUAAGUUAGAAUAUUUACUAACAGAGCAAAUACGAACGGCACAGAAAAGAAUAAUAAAGUGAGUAAAGUAUUUGUCAGGUAAAUAAUCCUUGAGUACAACUAUACCAGCAUAAUUCAAAAAAUUUCGAUAUUCCAAGCCUUUCCACAGCGAAACAAAAUCCAAAGAUCUCAUUCGUCGAUGAAUUUCCAUGGGAAAUCGCACACAAACUAACAGAUUUGAAAUUUGUUUCUUUUGAAAAGUGCUCCAUUUUGCGUUCAUCGAUAAACAGCCAGUGCGCCAUCCAUUGAGCAGUUUCUUCAUGACUCCCAACUCAAGCAAGUGCAACGAAUCAGCAACAAUGAUGUCCUCGAUCAUGUCAAUUGGCAGCCUAAUAAGUGGCGAGUUGCAACGUUGAUGAUUAGAGUAUUCGUUCGCUCUAAACGACGCAUCUGUUCGUUUGGGAGCAUUGAUAUCAGGAAACACCAUGGUUCGCGAUAUGUGAGAGUAUGUGCCUUUAGUUGUACAUUUGAUACAACCGUAUUUACCGUUAAAAUUGAUCACUCCUUUAAUAAAUGCACGCGCAGGUGUGUCACAAAUAAAGCACCGUAUUCUUAUUGAAACCCGAUGACCACCAAUUUCCAGGCCAUUUUCCAGUAAUUGUAUCAACUCUUCUACAAACGGAUUCAAAUACUCUGUUACGUCUUUAGGUUUACAAGUUCCAAAAUAAAUCCCGAUGAUACCUGGUUUUAUAUCAGAAAAUUCCUGAAUAUUAAACAAUAUCGGCCAGAAAUUUUUCGUUGAACUUUUGUAUAUUGGUACACCAUCAAUAUUAAUGUUGAUAGAAACUGUCAAUGCAUUUUUUAAAUUUUUCAAAAUGGAUCUAAGGCAAAAUUCAAGGCCUUGAUGCCAAUAUGAACAGCCAUCUUCCAUUUGUUUUAUAUCUAUGUCGCGGGGAGUUGCCAUUAGAGUACGCGGAUCCUUUGGAAGUUUAAAAUGUAGGCUAUCGUUCAAAAUCAUAGUGAGGGAUUGUAAAGCGGACUGAGAUAUAUGAAAACUCACAGCCCAGUUUCUGAUUGAUCCGAUUAUAUCAGAGCUCGUUUCUAAAACCGUAAUAAAGAGAUCAGUAAUAGAUACACUAUAAUGUUAAGUAUUUCUUACCUUUUUGCUCUGCAAUGUAGAUGUCAGAGCUGGUUGGAAUCAUAUUUUUAUUCACUGCUACCGGAUCUUCCAUAGCGAUUGUGAUUUGUUCCGAAUAUGCAUUUUGCUUCAAUGAAGUUGCAUUUUGCGAUGCAAUAAAAGUAUCGUUAGAAAGCGAACGAGUUCCCUGAUUUUUGGAACGCUUAUAACAUUCAGUAUAUUUUUUUCGGAGACGACUGUAUGUUCCACUCUUUUUCAUUCUUUGUAAUUGUUUUUUCAAUAAAAAUCUAUUCAUUUUUAUUGAGUAUUAUUUGUGUAUACAACAGCGGUAAAAUUCGAUUUUUUUUGACACUACUGAUUGUAAAUGUUCAAUUGAGAUUACGUUUAGCACCUUAUUCGAUUAGGUAUCCCAACUUUAACGAUUUAUUGGAUGAAGCAAUCGAAAUCAUAUAUCGAUCAUGACUCUGCAAUAUAUACGAACUAACCCGACUGAUUACGACUUUUUGAGAAGAUUUAUACGAUGCUUUAAGCUGAGUCGUUUAUGAAUCAUGACUUGUUAUUAAAUACGGUUUAAAUUCUACAUAGCCUGAUUUUUGUUGCCAGAAUAUACGAAUCUGAUUAGGAGUAUAUUGAUUUACGACUAAGUCUAUGCUUUUAUAUACGACAUCUGGUUGGCUGGGCCGUACCCGACCCGUACCCGACUCAUCGAGAAUUUUCA